GGCGGAUCUGGAACAGGUGUCAGCACUGUGACCCUGGACAACACUCCUGAGCCAAGUAGUGAAUCUCCCUUCAUCCAUCCCCGCACAAUGGCAUGAUGGCAUUGCUGCUGCGUCGGCUGCCCUGCUCGUCCCCCUCCCUUCUUGGACACACCGCACGCCGCCCUUUGGCUCCUCUCCAUUGCCGCUUCUCGUCAACAGCGAGUGAGGCUGGUCAAUCCAGCAGCCAAAGCACCGGCUUGCUGGUGUCUGUCAGCAAGAGUAAGGACAGCACCAUCAGCGUCAUCUCACUGCAGCGGCCAGAGGCCAAGAACGCCAUCAGCAGCGCCUUGCUAUACGACCUGAGCAAUGCAGUCGAGUCGGUGCGCCACGACGAGCAGACGCGGGCCGUCAUCGUCCGCAGCCGAGUGCCGCGUGUCUUUUGCGCCGGCGCCGACCUCAAGGAGCGCGCCAAGAUGAGUGAGAGCGACGCCCGUGUGUUUGUGUCGAAGCUGCGCGCGUCCAUGACGGCCAUCGACCGGCUGCCGCAGCCCACCAUUGCCUGCAUCGACGGGGUGGCCCUCGGCGGUGGCCUCGAGCUGGCGCUGGCCUGCGACUUCCGCAUCGCCAGCCCAUCGGCCGUUGUCGGCCUCCCUGAGACCUCGCUGGCUAUCAUUCCUGGUGCAGGAGGGACACAGCGGCUGCCGAGGCUGGUGGGGCUGCAGCGGGCCAAGUUCCUCAUCUUGACGGCUCAGCGGCUCAAGGGAUCCGACGCGCUUACCUGGGGCAUGGUGGACUUCGUCACUGGCGAGAACGACCACUGGCUUGUCGACCCAAACGACAGCAGUAAGGGCGAUCAAGGGGCGUCUGGGGCGAUGACCGAGUUCGACGCCAUGUUUGAGAGUGAGAGGGCCGACGAGUGGCCCGCCGUGUGCGCGGGGAUUCGGCUCGCCAAGAUGAUAUCUGCGCAGGUGUGGCAUGACAGCACGUAGAAGCCAAGAUGGAUGACCUUGAUCAAUCAGGCGGGCCGGCUUGUCUGUCUGUCUGUCUGUCUGUCUGUCUGUGCCUGGGUCUGGGUCUGUCUGCCUGUAAGGGUCCUGUGGCGAUCCGUGCCGCCAAGCGGGCGCUGAAUGAGGGCAUGCAGACGGACCUGGAGACCGGCAUGGACGUCGAGAGGGGCGCGUAUGACCAAGUGCUCGACACUCACGACCGAAUCGAGGCACUCAACGCCUUCAGAGAGAAGAGGAAACCGCAUUUCACCGGCAAAUGACGUUGGUUGGUCGAUGUGUGAAGUCAGUCAGGCGGUGCUCUCCUCGUAUUUAGCCCCGAUGACAUGUACGGUCGAUGUCCCAAAGGUGGUCUGUCGGCUGUGAUGUCUGCUUCGGCAUUGUGUUUGCCAGAUGGGUGUUCGCUCAGAAAACGGGGGUGUGUUUGUCAGAGAGAUAAGAAUAUAGUUUGCCUGCCUCCCGUGGCUUUGACUUGUUCUUGUGUGGCUCCAACACCGAUGUAUGUAUCAUGAACGGCGGCAUGAUUGACUUGAUGGCGGCAGACCGCCGGACACCUACUUACGUCCAGACAGCCUCUUAGAGCGUCUGUUGAACGGUAUCGGC